AUGGUCGUGGAUACGUCGUACUACGACGCUCUAGGCGUCAAACCUGAUGCCUCUGAGUUAGAAAUCAAAAAGGCUUACAGAAAGCUGGCUAUCACAACACAUCCCGAUAAAAACCCUGGCGAUGAGACAGCGCAUGCCCGAUUCCAGGCUGUAGGCGAGGCGUACCAGGUCUUGUCCAACAAAGAGACGCGAGCAGCCUACGACAUGUAUGGCAAAGAGAAAGCCAUGCCCAGCCAAGGCUUUGAGGAUCCCGCAGAGUUCUUCAGUAUGAUCUUUGGAGGUGACGCCUUUGUCGACCUUAUUGGCGAACUCACCCUGCUGAAGGAUCUGACACACACCAUGGAUAUCACAAUGGAGCAGAUGGAGGAGGAAGAACUGGCGAAGCAUGCAGAAGAGAAGUUGAAUAUCCACGACGAGAAGGAAAAGCAGGCCUCAGCAGCCACUGCCGGGGACAGUAGCGAAAAGGAGGAACAGGCCACCGAACAGCCUACUGAUGCAAGUACAAGCACGAGCACGACCGCUCAUAUUCCACCACCAUAUGUUUCGGGCGAAGAGGCAUCUACUUCUGCCGGCAAAUCCUCAGGGACUAGCACACCGCAGAAAAGAUACCUCGGCCAGCAAGCCAUCAUGGAUCGAUCUGAGGAAGAUGCUCGCAUGGAUGCCGCCGGCCUGACUCAGGAGGAGAAAGACCUGCAGAAGAAGAAAAAGAAGGGCGGCUUGACCAAAGAGCAGCGCGAGAAACUCGAGGCAUAUGAACGCGAAAGGCGGAAAGCGCGAGAAGAACGAGUCAACACGCUGGUGAAGAAGCUGAUCGAUCGGAUCAGUGUGUGGACAGAGACGGAGAAGGGGCCAGAAGUCACCCGCGCCUUUCAAGAAAAGACGAAACUGGAAGUCGAGAAUCUCAAGAUGGAAUCAUUUGGGAUCGAGAUCCUCCACGCCGUCGGACAGACGUACAGCCAGAAAGCCACCUCUUUUCUCAAAUCCCAGAAAUUCCUUGGCAUAUCAGGGUUUUUCUCGCGCCUAAAGGACAAAGGUACCCUCGCUAAGGAGACAUGGACCACGAUCUCGACCGCCAUCGAUGCACAGUUGACGAUGGAAGAAAUGGCCAAGUUGGAGGAGAAAGGUGGCGCCGACUGGACGGAUGAGAAGAAGGCCGAGUAUGAGCGGAAGGUGACGGGCAAGAUCCUGGCUGCAGCGUGGAGAGGCUCGAAGUUCGAGAUCCAGGGCGUGUUGCGCGACGUCUGCGACAAAAUCCUGAACGAUAAGACCGUCAGGCUCGAGAAGCGGGUCGAGCGCGCACAAGCCCUGGUGCUGAUGGGCACGAUCUUCCAGCAGGCCGAACGGGACCCAGACGAAGAAGGCGACUUCAUGGCCUUCGAGCAGCUCAUGGCCGAAUCCAUGAAGAAGCAAGAGAAGAAAAAGGACAAGGACAAGGAUAAGGACAAGGACUCGAAGCACCGCCACGGCCGCAAGGAGUCACCCUCACCCGCAUCCUAA